UAACGUAUGAGGGCAGUUCAGUCAUUACACAGCCUCUUUACACACUAGAUGAGAUACUUUGGACCAAUCUCUGAAUCCAGGAUGAAGAUUGUGGUUCUGCUGCUUGUGGUCAUCUCUGGAUGUUGUGCCGAGGAGAAUUUGCUUGGUGCAUCUUUCUUGUUUUCUAAGACUACUAAUACAGAUAGAGUUAUUUUGAAACCCAUCAUCACCGAACCUUUGAGAAGUAUCACUGUCUGUCUGCAGUCCUAUACAGACCUCACCCAGAGAGAUUCCCUCUUCAAAUUGCAGAAUCAAAAUGUGUUUCCGUUCCAUCUCUACCAAGUCUCAAACAUUUACAACAUUAAAAUAGACCGAGAUCAAGUUUCCUUUAGGAACAGCGGAGAGAGCAUGGAGUUGAGACUCAUCUGUGUGUCCUGGGAGUCCAGCAAUGGUGUCAUCCAUUUUGUUGUCAAUGGGAAACUGUUUCCCAGGAAGGUCUUAAAGCCAGGUUUCAGCAUAGUCCCAGGGUUUACUGCGGUCCUAGGGCAUAAUCUUGCAGUUUCUGAUGCUGGUUUUGGAGUAGGAGGACCCUCAUAUGUGGGUGAAAUUACAAACGUUCACAUGUGGGAUCAAGCUCUUCACCCCAGUGAGAUGCAAUCAAUGUAUUUUAAUAAUUGUCGUAAUUGUAGUGGAAAUGUCAUUAACUGGGAGUCUGUGGACUAUAAGAUUUAUGGAGACAUCCUCUUGUAUAGGCCAUCAAUGAAACCUUAGUUGGUCUAAAUUACUGAGAUAAUCAUCAUAUUAUUUGAUUAACAUUGUAGGGAUGCUAUUUUAAGGUGAACCUGUGGGACCCCAACUUACGAAAAAAACAGGAAACCCCUAACCCCAGUUAGGCAAGUCAGGCAGAUUGCUGCAUAUAGUUAACAGGAUGGAGAAGCUUGAACCAGGUGGUCACUGAAGCCUGGAAAGUCCACUUGACGUACCACUACCUUACAUAGGCUUUUUCAGUUGCUGCAGGCUGUCUUUACUUGCCGAACUAGGGUCAGGGAUCCCCAUUUUCCUCCAUAUUUAAGAUUCCCACCUAUCUGACAUUUUUGUAA